AUGUCCGUCCCGAAUAGCCCCCCAGCCGCAACCCGGCCGAGCUGGCAGGACCAACUACAAGGAGGUCGUACCGCCUGGUCCAGCACCGUCACCGUCCAAGGACAGAAUAUCGCCGCCCGCUACUGGUAUGACGGCCAAUACAUCAACAAUGCCAAAGAAGACGCCGCUGAAGUCGCCCUGAAGCUCUUCAACCAGCAGCCUCGCGCCUCCACCGUCUAUCCCGGCCAACUGUUCCCGCAACAGGCUACCGGUUAUGGCCGUGGAGCAAGCGGGCUCUGA